CAGGGACCUAUGCUAUGGGCAAGAAAAAUGGGCGUUGUUGUUGGGAGGUCCAAUGCUAAGCUUACCUUAGGUAAGCGUAAGCUAUAACCUUAAUUGAUCAAAGAUCUUCCCGUUCAGUUGCUGAAAGAUAGAUGCUGAUAAUGUUUCAAAAUGAGAAAAAACGACUCUUAUAUUAUAAUAGAUUUGUUUUUCUUUUUUGUUUUACGCUUUUUAAUUAGAAUUUAUUUUUUUAUUUGUUUUUGGGUCUUUUAUCUUUAAAGAUUUGUACCUCUUUUUACUUUCAUUUAUGUUUGUUUGUUAUUUUCAAACAUUUUCUAACUUUCUUUAUUUGACAUAGUCCCUGUCGCGUAUUGCGCGGAUGAUUCUCUCGAUCUCGAAUUGAGUGAGGCUGGCCCCCCGGGGGAGGCUCGGGGGAACCUGUCCCCCGAUCUCUUGCGGAAAACGAGGCGGCCUUAUACAGGCAAUGGUUGCCCCUGGCGGCUCAGGAACCGGCUCCAGCCGGGGCGGCUCAUACCGCUCACCCGCUUCCCGCUGGGGGGCCAAUCCCGAGCAGCCUUGGCCUGACUUUGGGCCGCCGAGGCUGCUACCGGAGAUAGCCCAAAAUAGGGGGAGUACUCCGGAUAUCAUGGAAGAUAUUUUGAGUACUCCGCCCAGUAGGAGCGAGAAUCGAAGAAUCUAAAUUGGACCUAAUCCAACAGAUUGAGAAUGCAGUCAAAGAGGGGGCAGUCAUCAAAUCAACUAUGUCGAUUUUAGUCUAAUGACUAAAUGGAUCAUUGAUGAUCAAGACGACGAGCGCCCCCCAACUCUCCGCUAUAUCCUAAAGCAGCUCCGUAGUAAGGGAGAGGGAAGCACGUACUAGAAAAGCAUGCUUCAGGCAUGUUGUUAAAUGCCCUUUUUCUGUCGUCUUUGCCGAGCCUGAUUUUCUUUUCUAUGGACGUGUUUUGCUGGAUAAGAUAAGGAGGACCGCCCUUCGACGCUUCUUUCGCUGUAUACCCCCUCCAUCCUUCGGAGGUGGAAGAAAGGGUACUAUAUUUAUCUAUAUAUCUAUAUUUUAGGGCCCCAGAACGCUAAAAAGGUGGGGGAGAAGCAAGCCGAACCUCUGAUCGACCUGGACACAUAAAUAAUUCUCGGGGUCGAGAGAGAUUUGAGAUUCCGUAAGUAACUCAGUGAGUGCUUUCUAAGAAAAGGGCUUGGCUUGGAAGAAGAAAAUGAAAUACGAACAACCGCGCUGGUCGUAAUAGAUCGACUUUCAUGCUAGUUCUUGCUCCAGCAUGAAAGUUCCAUUUCAGGGAAGGACGACGUACCAUGAUACUUUCUGUUUCGUCGAGCCCUGCUUUGGUCUCUGGUUUGAUGGUUGUACGUGCUAAAAAUCCGGUACAUUCCGUUUCGUUUCCCAUCCCAGUCUUUCGCGACACUUCAGGUUUACUUCUUUUGUUAGGUCUCGACUUCUCCGCUAUGAUCUUCCCAGUAGUUCAUAUAGGAGCUAUUGCCGUUUCAUUCCUAUUCGUUGUUAUGAUGUUCCAUAUUCAAAUAGCGGAGAUUCACGAAGAAGUAUUGCGCUAUUUACCAGUGAGUGGUAUUAUUGGACUGAUCUUUUGGUGGGAAAUGUUCUUCAUUUUAGAUAAUGAAACCAUUCCAUUACUACCAACCCAAAGAAAUACGACCUCUCUGAGAUAUACGGUUCAUGCCGGAAAGGUACGAAGUUGGACUAAUUUGGAAACAUUGGGCAAUUUACUUUAUACCUACUAUUCCGUCUGGUUUUUGGUUCCUAGUCCUAUUUUAUUAGUAGCCAUGAUUGGGGCUAUAGUACUUACUAUGCAUAGGACUACACAGGUGAAAAGACAGGAUGUAUUCCGACGAAAUGCUAUUGAUUCUAGGAGGACUAUAAUGAGGAGGACGUCAACCCACGAUCUACUAAAGGGCAAGUAGCUUGAUUCUCCAAUCAUGGUUCGAAUCAAAUUCGUGGGAUGGCAGUGAUCCUUAGCUGGUCAUGGCCAUAAUGUGCUGUUUUCCUCGGAUUCAUUGGAUUAGGCUCAUAUACGUAAUAACAACCUCAAACAGAUAGAUUGGGACAAACACGAUCAAUAGUUAGGGGUGUAGCCUUCCAUUCACUUCUAGCUCGGGUGGGAUCAGGGAACAACCGGUGGAGCCAUCGGCGUGACAAGCCCUUCUAUAAAGCCAGUAGCUCGGGUUCAUCAGACAAUAAUAGGCUUCAUAGUCACCAGCGAGGGGUGUGACAAGCCAUUCUGUAAAGCCAGGGCAUUCAACUCCUCUUCCCCUUACUUAACCCCAACCAGCUAAAGGCGCUUCGGGGAGUAGCCGGAUCCAGAUUGCUUAUGCUACAUUUAUCACUCACCCCUUAAGGCGCCUUACCCCUGGCUGUAGAUAGAGAUACCAUCUAUAGAGAGGCUAUGGAGAGGCUGGUAAUAGCAUCCCUAUCUUUUCUGCAUCAAUUCAUUCGAUUAGCCCUUCCGCUACUAGGGGCACGAUUCAUUAAUUAGAGAGGCGAUUACUUAGAGAGAGGAGGCGCGAUGCAUCAAUUCAUUCCCUACCGUUUUGACUGAGAUGGUCGAUGCUUCUACUGAUGUGGUCGAUCCAAACUCAAUGAUAGAAGCCUUACACGAAGAGAAGGGUCAGCCAGUUUGGAUCGAUGCUUCGAAGAGAAGGGUAGGGUGAGCCAGUUAGAUCGAUCGGGAAAAGAAGGGUAAGCAAAGAGAAGGGUGAGCCAUGAAGAGAAGG